GAAAUAAAUAAAAGAAAAUAAAAAAACUCUAAGUAUGUAUACUCCUUUACCAACUGAGUAGACCCGCUAUAAGACUCAAAUAGAGCUCUACUUUUCGGAACCAACUCUUCAAAAUUGGGUAAAAUUAGGUAAACCGACGACCCCCUUCGGAUCCCCAGCCAAGGCAGAACCCGAUCGCGGUUAGGAUGGAAUCCUGGUAUAUGCUACGAAUGCAGUCGCACGAAUACUUCACCGUGAACUACCCCAUCAUUGCGAUCUACAGCGGACUGGGAAUCCUUGUGACCGGCUAUCUGCACUACCAGUGGAAGGUCCACAACAGCGACCUCAUGUACUGGAAGCACUUAGCGGAGACCUUCUCGGAGGAUGUCGAUUACUUUCAGCUGGCGAUGCUGCUAAUAAUUUUCGCCAUCAACACGAUCUUUGUGUCCAUUAUCCUGAACUUUUACAUGCAUCCGCCGAUAGAGGAUGGCGGCGAGAUGUCAUUGCUGGAGAUCAAGGAUCGGUACUCCCGCUACAUACUGCUCACCCUGAUUUCCCGCUUGGACAGGAUCCAGUCAAAGUUAUCGGCCAAGCGGAAGACACUCACUCUGCAACACCUGGCCAGGGCGCACACGAAUAUGGUCAAAGCGGUGGCUCUGUUCCGCAAGGAUGCCCGCAAGUUGAUCCUGCCCAACGAGUCGGAGAUCAUGAUGCCCAUCGAGGACAUCUACGGCGUGCCCGAGGACAAGGAACGAUUGCUGCGGCGAUUAGGAUACUACGAUCUGGCCAUCGACAUCACCGACGAGACAGUCAAGGGCUUGUUCAAUGCCACGUGAGGAGAAUUGUAUUGCUGAUUCAAUUGCAAUUUCCCCUCGCAAAUCCGAUUUAGAUUUAGAUACAGAGCUCUAGUAAACCAAAGUUCCUUUAA